UCUCCAUUUUUCUUCUUCUCUUUUUCCGUAAUUUAUAAACCCUUCUCACCUUUCUAGGUCUAAUUUUUCUGUUUAAUAUUUUCCCCCUUUUUUUCCAUUUUAAUUUUUACUUGCUACUUUGGUCUCGUUAUUGUUACUUGUUUUGCUACUUACAAUGUCACAUUCGUUCUGAAUCCAAACGAAUCAACUUCAAAAUUUCACUCUUUCAUGGUUUCUUUUACCUUGCACUUGAAUUCAGUUCCCACUUCCCACAUUGCAAAAUUGAACAAUUGGGAACAACAAUUUUUGGAGUAAAAAAAAAGGAAGAAUUUAAUGUGGUAGUGGUUGUUAUACUGGUGUUAAUUUAAGUGUGCCAUUUCACUGUUUCAGCUGGAAGAGGGUUUAAUACACUACUACUUUGAUGCUAUCAUGUUGAGAUAGCAUAUUAGAUUUCCGUGUUUGUGUGAUUAAAGAAGAGCAAAAAAGAGCUAAAGCAUAGAUAGAUAGCUUCCUCAAAUCUUCAUCAGCAUUUGUUUUAAGUUGCUUUGGAGUCUUAGUUGGGAAUUGUUGAUCAACUAAAUCUGGAAACUGCACUGCUUGAUAUCAACUUCUGCACAUGUGGCUCAAUCCUCUGCAUGCAUGAUGGAUGAUGGCCACAAACACGGAAACAGUAGGCAUACAAUAGACUACUACAGAGGAGCAAAUUCCCCGUGGAGUAUGGCUUCGCAGCAUCAAGUAACGGAACCAAAUGCACUAGUUAUGAAUAAGAAAAUUAGGUCCAUUAUGGCCGAAAGGCGUGCAAUUCUAGAAUUGGAAGCUGCUAUAUCUGAAAAGAAUGAAGCCUUGGCUGCUAGAGAUGAGGCCCUGCGUCAGAGGGAUGAAGCAAUUGCUCAGAGGGAUAAUGCCAUAAGGGAACGCGAUAAUGCCCUUGCUGCACUUCAAAAUCGGGAAGAUGCUAUCAACUUCUCAUUGGGCAAUGGAGUUCAACGCGGUUCAAAACGAAUGCACCAUCCUGCUAACUAUCUAGAUAACAUGACAGAUGCCACAUACAACACAAAGGAUGUGCCGAUCACUGAUGCCUUCCCGGUGACAAUCAUACCUUCUGAUGCUAUCAAAUCACAUCAGGCUAAGAAAACUAAGGAGAACAAGACAAUCUCUCCUAAGGCAGCAAAGACUCCUAGUAAAGGAAAGAAAAUGGGUGAGGAUUUAAAUCAAAGGGCAUCUUCUGAAGGGACGAAGUUCAAAUCAGAAUGGGAUAGGCAAGAUGUUGGCUUGAAUUUGGUUACCUUCGAUGAAACUUACAUGCCCGUCCCGGUUUGCACAUGCACGGGAGUACCACGGCAGUGCUACAAAUGGGGUAAUGGUGGGUGGCAGUCAUCUUGUUGUACCACCACUUUGUCAGUAUAUCCGCUACCGCAGCUUCCUAACAAGCGCCAUGCACGUAUCGGAGGGAGAAAGAUGAGCGGCAGUGUCUUCACACGAUUACUAAGUAGGUUUGCAGCACAAGGACAUGAUUUAUCUGUACCAUUGGAUCUUAAGGACUACUGGGCCAGACAUGGAACAAAUCGCUACAUUACUAUCAAGUAGCUAGCGAACAUUCAUUAGGAAUGUGUCCCAAUUUGGCCUCUCAUUAAAAAUAUCCCUUGAUAAGAAGCAUUAUAUGCUUGAAUUUUGUGAAAGAAGGGAUAUUUUGUCUCCUAAAAUUUUGUUCCAUAGCCUUCUAUCCUUUCAGAUGGGAUAGCUGUAAAGUACUGUCUAUGUAGAUGUGGAUUUUUAGGUGAUCAAGACCAAGGGGUUACUUUUCUAACCUGUUUAUGAGACCCCUUUUCUAUGAAAUGCUGCUGGGAAAGUCUACCUUAAGACACUUUUGGCCUUUUAAAUAUUUAUUGGCACUUUUAUGUCAUUGCUUA